AUGCCGUCUCGCCCGAGUAAUGAUGACGAGUUUCCUCUUCUUUCUGGCCUCGGCCUGUACGCCGCAGAAAUCCUCGGUGACGGCAACUGCCUCUUCAAUGCCCUGUCCGACCAGCUGUACGGCCACCAGGCCGCCCACCGCGACAUCCGCGAGCGCACCGUCGAAUACAUGCGCGACAACGCCUGCGAGUUCAAGUCGUUCAUCAGCGUGAAUCCUGGUGGCGGCGUCCGCAGGAACCCGAAGCGCAAGAACGUUGGCGCCUACUCGACCCCUUACAGCCAGCAGGUGCCGACCGAGGAGGAGAUCGAGCAGACCUUCCAGCGGCACCUCGACACCAUGGCCAAAGGCGGCACAUGGGGCGACAAUGUCGAGCUCCAGGCCUUCGCCCGCGCCUACGGCGUCACCGUCAAAAUCUACCAGAGAGACUUCGCAUACUACGUCACUCCUUUUCAGGAUGAGCAGAAGAGGGAUAUUGUACACAUCGCCUAUCACACUUGGGAGCACUAUUCCUCAAUACGCAACCUUGACGGGCCACAUGACGGCCCUCCUGAAGUGCGCGAGAGGGCCCUCAGUCCGGAAACCGAGGCGGCUCAGAAGUUGAAGCUUGCGGCCACGCCUUAUGCCCAAGACUGGCAAAUUGACGUGGUCAUGAAGUCGCUGCCUUUCUUGACCGACAAAUCUACCAUUCGGAAGACGCUUGAAGAGUGCAAGGGCAGCAUCGACAACGCAGUGUCGAAAUUGCUUGACGAGGACUCUGGAAACCAGUCCUCUGCACAGGAAAGCUCUAGUAUAGAGCGUGAGCCUGAUAGCGACGACGACGACAUUUACGGCCCUAAAAAGAGCCGCAGUCGCCAAACUGGGUCUGAAGACAAGCACGACAGCCUCACCAGUGCGUCCAGGGCCAGUUCGACGAGCAGAAACAUCCUCAAGCCCAAGGGCCACAAGAAUCGUGCUGGAUCGAAGCUAGCCUCCCAAGAGUACGCACAGGACUCGCAGGACUCGAAACACAGCUCUCAAGCCAGCUCGCAGCAAAGUGACAGUUAUGCGCUUAGCCAAGCUACUGUCACAAUUCCUGACUCGGAUGCCGAGUCCAGUCAAGAGUCAGAUGCUGACCCCAUUGUGGCACCUCCGUCGCCUAAGCCAACUUCCGCACCCAGGCAGGGUCCUGUGCGUAUUAGGCUCACGAUGCCGAAGCCCCCACCAGAAAUGGAAGAAGCGGCAGCCAAUAUGCACGCCGGCAAGACCGCGCAGAAGCAGAUUGGCCCCCAAAGCCGCAAGAUCUCCGCUCGGGACAAAAAGGACAUGAAGAAGCAAGCCCAGAAAGCUGCGCGCAGAGAACGUCAACAGCAACAAGCUGCUAGCAACACCUCAGCAACCAGGACGCUUCCCAUAAUGACAAAGUCCAACCCGACGUCGCCUUCACUUGAUGCCGGCAUCAAGGUCCUCUACGUAUAG